AUGAAUUCUGUUCAUAAUGGAAGUUUUACUCAAUUCUGGGAAGUUAUUUCUCACACUUUGAAUGUACGUGAACAAGCCACCCUAGCAAUGACUAUGCGUAUGAUUUGGCUCCGCCGUAAUAAGUUUGUACAUGAAGGUAUUCUACAACAUCCCACUCAGGUUGCUUACUAUGGAAUUCAUUCUGCAGAGGACAUUGCUUUAGCUCAGAGUGAGGGUCCUACUAUGUUGGAGUCUACUGGCCUUAAUAAUAGCACUCUCAAUGCACAAUUGUGGAAAGGCCCUCCAGAUUUGGUAGUUAAGGCUAAUUGGGAUGCAGCUCUUCAUUCCCCUACUAACUCUACUGGCAUUGGUGUCAUCUAUAGAGAUUCAAGUGGUGAUGUUUUGGCGUGUAGUUCCUUGGUUUGGCAGACCAAGCUUGACCCUUCUCUCGCGGAAGCCAUGGGAGCCUUACAUGCUAUCAAACUAGCAAGGGAAUUGGGCUUUAAUAAUCUUUUAGUAGAAGGCGAUUCGUCUAUUAUUGUUGAUGCUAUUCGAGGGGAGGAGAUUAUCAAUGUUGCUGCUCAUAAUCUAGCGAAAUAUUCUUUUCAAGAGCAGGGGAUGCAGGUGUGGAUUGAGGAGGUGCCUCUUGCCAUCAAAGAAGUAAUUCAAGAUGAGAAGCGUGAAUGGAUUUAA